AUGUUAAUGGCAGCCGUUCGAGGAGUUUACAAUCUGCUGAGAGCAUGUUGCCAAUGCGCCCGAAGAGCUGCCCAAACACUUGCCAAUAGCAGCUGUCAAUGCUGCACGGAGGAAGAGCGGUCCUCUGCAGCACUGCCUGCGGCGGCAUUGACCGUCCCUGUGGAAGACAGGGCACUCGAGCCGCUUCAGACUAUGGCUCAUGCGCCGCGCGACGCAGUUGCUCGAGCGCCUGAGGUUUGGGAGUCAGCGUGGCACGUGCCGCAGGAGAAACUCGAUGAGCUCUUCCAGACCGCGAUGCAAGACAACCUCUUAGAGGGUGUGAGGUAUCUUCGUGAGUGUCCGUGUCUGGACGAGGGUGACGUACUGAUGAUCUUGAGCCAGCCGCCGUACUCCGCCAUAUCUGCAGGGCAUGCAAUAUUGGUUUUGGAGAAGCCUGUUGCUCAGAUGGAGUUUCUUGCGCAUCUACCACCCUUUGAAUGGUUGAGCUGGUUAAGUGGUUAA